AUGCCUCGUUUUCAUAAAGUUGAAAUCAAUAAAACAGAAUGGAUUGUCCCAGAAAGAUAUCAGAUGCUUACACCUGUAGGCUCAGGUGCUUACGGACAAGUUUGUUCCGCAAUCGAUACUUUGCAUAAUAUGAAAGUGGCAAUAAAGAAACUAGCUAGACCUUUUCAGUCUGCUGUGCAUGCCAAGAGAACCUAUCGUGAACUUAGAAUGUUGAAGCAUAUGAACCAUGAGAAUGUUAUUGGUUUGCUGGAUGUGUUUAGUCCUGAAAAAACACUAGAAGAGUUUCAACAAGUUUACCUUGUCACACAUUUAAUGGGGGCCGAUUUGAACAAUAUUGUUCGGACCCAGAAAUUGUCUGAUGACCAUGUCCAGUUCUUAGUUUAUCAAAUUCUUCGUGGUCUAAAAUACAUACACUCAGCAGGAAUCAUUCACAGGGACUUAAAACCAUCUAACAUUGCUGUGAAUGAAGACUGUGAAUUGAAAAUCUUAGAUUUUGGUCUAGCCAGACCUACUGAAACUGAAAUGACUGGCUAUGUUGCUACAAGAUGGUACCGUGCACCAGAAAUUAUGCUAAACUGGAUGCAUUACAACCAGACAGUUGACAUUUGGUCAGUUGGUUGUAUCAUGGCUGAGUUACUGACUAGCAGGACCCUGUUUCCAGGUUCUGACCACAUCCAUCAAUUGAACUUGAUCAUGGAAGUUUUGGGUACCCCUGCUCAGGAGUUAAUGCAGAAAAUAUCCUCAGAAUCAGCCAGGAACUACAUCCAAUCUCUACCGACGCUGAAGAGGCGAGAUUUCCGAGAGGUGUUCCGUGGCGCCAACCCUCUCGCGAUCAAUUUGCUUGAACUGAUGUUGGAAUUAGACGCAGACAAGCGCAUAACGGCGGAGCAGGCGCUUGCUCACGAGUACCUAGCGCAGUACGCUGACCCUGAUGACGAACCGGUGUCGGCGCAAUACGACCAGAGCUUCGAGGAUAUGGAGAUGCCUGUCGACAAAUGGAAAGAACUCGUGUGGAAAGAAGUUGUGGAGUUCAAACCUCACCCGCAGCACAUGAACACAGUGGUCGAAGUAAACCCCUCUUAA